CUUCUUGGGGCAACUUUGACUCUGUCAAAUGGUGGGCAAAGCAUAAGCAGUUGCCUACAGUUCCUCCUUGGGGAAAGACAUCACUCAUGUGCAGGACAAAGCUGCUGCUGCUGCUGCUGACCCUGGUGAACAUCUUGACAUCGGCAUCAGACUAUUCUGAUACUUCCACCGAGGACGAUAUUGAUGUUCAAAUCGGCUCACGACGACCUUCGAAUUCGUUAUCACCGUCAUCAUUACGAGGAGAAAAACAAUUUGUGAAGUAGAACUUGAACUUAAUAUUAGGAUGAAGAUCAUUAAGUAGUUAGUAGGAUGUUGAGGAAUGAGGUGAAAUCCUGGAAGAAAGUGACUGCAAGAGUUAGGGGAUGAAGAGUAUCAAAGUAAACGUUGUGAAGAAGGGAGAAAAACGUUUUCCUUUCAACGUCAUUUCUACGUUUUCUUCUACGUGCUGGUCCUCUUCCUCGUGCUACGACGUACUUAAAAAUGUGUCGCUAGUAAUAGUAGUAGUAGUACUAGUAGUUGUUUCCACCUCCUCUUGCAGCUUCUUCUUCUAAUUCUAAGCCGCCCACCUAGUAGAGCAGGAACUAGUCCUCGUACUGCUCCUCGUACUGCUCCUCGCCGAGGCCGACAAGAAGAUGCAGGAGCGUUUUUAGAAAUGGAGGAAGAUCAUGUUGAUCACGACCACAAAUACCAACGUCAACAAAAC